AUGUGGACACACACUGUUAAUCUGGUUGUGUGUGAUGCAGCAAAGAGCUCCUCAGAUGCAACUAGCUACUUUGGCUACCUGCAAAAAUUAUUUAAUCUCUUUUCUGCCUCCACUCACAGGUGGUCGACCCUAAAAAAACAUGUGGACACAACUUUGAAAUCCUGGGCAGACACACGGUGGGAGAGUCGAAUCAACAGUGUUGAGGUUGUAAGAUUCCAGGCUGCAAAAGUGAGAGAUGCUCUUUUAGAGGUGAGAGCAAGCACUGCAGAUCCAGCUAUUAAAAUUGAAGCACAAGCCUUAGCAGAAGAGGUGGAAUCAUACCGGUUCUCUAUUUGUACGGUGGUGUGGUAUGAUAUCCGUAGAAAAGUUCAAACUGUGAAUAAACUUCUGCAAUCACAAUGCAUGCAUCUGGAUGUAGCUGUUGACAUUCUCAAGAAGGCUGAAACCUCCCUUGUUAGCUACAGAAACACUAGGUUUGCUGAUGCCCAGACAUCUGCCAAAGAGAUAUGUGAGGAGAUGAAUGUGGAAGCUGCUCUAAAGCAGAAAAGACUCAGAACUACUAAAAGGCAGUUUUCCUAUGAGGCCCCUGAUGAACCUAUUACCGAUGCCUUGAAAAAAUGGAGUUUUUUCAUUUUUCAAUGUAGUUGUGGAUAUGGCCAUUGA